AUGAAAUCAUUUUUAGGGAUUGUCCUCAUUGCGGUGGUUAGUGGCACCAAUAGGACAACCACCAGAAAGCCCACUACCAUUGAGUCCAUUGUGAUCCGAGUCCCACCGCCCCGCCCACUUUGCAUUCUCCCGCCCCAAUGCACGCUUCGAAGUCCGCGAGUCUGUGGUCGUCACCCCAAUGGGGACUGCCAGCGUUUCCGGAACAUUUGCGACCUGCUGGCCCUGAAUCGCCGGCGAAACCCCCUGCAGGUGAUUCACACCCGGGAGCUGGACUGCCGAGGAAUUCGAGGCGUGGGCGAAGCGAGCCGGCGACCUUGCUACUACCCUUGUCCCGCUCGUCCGGUUAUUUGCAAAAGAACGCCCCCCGAGGCGGAGAUCUGCGUUCGGUCGCGAAAUUUGCAUAGCUGCAAGCUGCUGGCCAACAAUUGUCAGCUGCGCAACCAGAAUUGCCACAGCCAACCCAGAAAAAACUGGCACCGCACCGAUAGACGGCGAUGUGGGCGACGGCAGGUGGGGGAUAAGCCAGAUGUCUGUGAGAAACUGCCCGUUCCGAACACUGCUGUCCCAAUAACGACCCGCAGACCCACCACCAAGGCCUCUGUAUAA